UCACAGUCCGCCCGCGCCGCGCCGACGAGGGCCGAGCCACAACUACCGCUCCCGGUGCGCCCCGCGGCCGCGACCCGCCGCUGGCCCAGGGAGCGGCUCCGGCAGGAAGGCGGCGGAGGGGCACGGUCACCCAGCCGCAGCGAUGAGCUCGGCCAGGGAGUCCCAGGGCCACCACGGCCUUAAGCGAGCGGCCUCCCCUGAUGGCUCCAGCAGCUGGGAGACGGCGGACCUCGGCAACGAGGAGCGGAAGCAGAAGUUCUUGAGGCUCAUGGGCGCCGGGAAGAAAGAACAUACUGGCCGCCUUGUUAUCGGAGACCACAGAUCAACCUCUCACUUCAGGACAGGGGAAGAAGACAAGAAAAUGAACGAGGAACUGGAGUCUCAGUAUCAGCAAAGCAUGGACAGCACCAUGUCUGGGCGGAACCGGCGCCAUUGCGGACUUGGCUUCAGCGAGUUUCAGGAAGAUGAACAAGAAGAGGCAGGUGGACACUCCUCUGAAGAGAGUUCAGAUGACUCCGAAAGUGGCUCUGAGUCAGAGCAAGAGGAGUCUGCAGAGGAGCUACAAGCUGCUGAAAAACAUGAUGAAGCUGAGGUUCCAGAAAACAAAAAAGAAGCCAAAAGCAACUAUAAAAUGAUGUUUGUUAAAGCCAGUGGCUCAUAACUGCAGAUGUAACAGCUUUGUAUUUGAAGUACAGUAAGCCUUAUUGUUACAGUGCAAAGUGGAGGACUGCUACAGCACAAAUCUUUGUAUUAUGAUUUUAAAAAGACCCCCUUAGAUGACAAAAUGUAGUGUUUGCUUUCCGUUGCCAUGGAUAACAUUUUUAUGGGCACAGUGACAUUUCUGGUUUUUGUAAAGUGUAUAAAAUACUGGAUGGAGAAAUAAAUUCUUUUUGUUCCUGCCCAAUCUCUACAAUGUUAUCUCAGCUAUCCCCCCUCUCCUUAUUCCAUUCCAGAUAAGGAAACUUCAUGUUAGUGGUUUCUUUUGUUAGUACCCCAGUCUUGAAUUUUUAACUAGUACGAUGACAUGUGAAUUACUGGAUGUUGCAUUAGUUGUAAAAUACCAAUGUCAGCACUUAUUCUGUGAUGUACUAGAGCUUUAAACAAUGAUUUUGUCUAUAGAUGCUAGUGUCGACAGGGCCAAGAGGAGAAAUCACUCACUUUUGUGGCAGUAUUAAUCACUAUAUCCAUCUGAAGUCCUACAGCAGCUGCACGGGAGAAGAUGCUUUACAACGGCAUAACACACCAGAAGGCUUCAGUUGCUGCUUUGGCUUUCCAAUGAGGGAUGGCCGUAGUUCUUUAUACCUUUGAGUAGAAGAGAUUGAUUUUUGAAUUAUUGGUUCCAAGGUCAUAGCACUGUUAUUAAAAAUAACUCCUCCCGAAGAAGCCAGUUUAGUUUGAAAGAGAAAAUAUACUUUGAUAAUGGAAAGGAUAUACAAAUCAUUUAGCUUUUUUAAUGUGGAAUACAGAGUUAAGUACGCAAGCCCUUCUUCCCUUUCUCCCUGUACACACGUUGCUUGGAGGUCUAAGUCAAUUGUGACAAAAAGGUUGUACCUCUCAAGUAAAGCUGCUUCUCUUACAAAGUUCCAGUAACACCUUCCAGCAAGAAUGAGGCACAUCCACUGUAGUUUAUUGUAUUUGAGGAAUUAAUUACAUACCAGAACUUCUUAAACUUUGUUUCCUCUUAGUAUAUCAGACAGAUCAACAGCCUCUCCUUGCUGGGAGAAGUGAACAUCUGAUCUGUACCUGCAGCACAGCCACAUUCUGCCACAACAGCAUUUCAGGAGACACUCCAGCUGCUUGCGGAGAAGUGGCUGUGUCUCUGUGCAGUUGAUGCUGUGCCGACAGCUUUUGCAAGGCAGCUGGCUCACCUGCAAGCAGCAGCAUGGACUGUCAGUGUACAGGUUUAUUGAACAUAAACAGUGCAUCAUCGGUUACUGGGGAAGGACUUGGAGUAAGUUACCUUAUGGAAGAAAUAAAAAUAUGAUUGUAAAUAAAAA